UUAUCAUUCUCCAAAGCCGCUGAUGCAAUUAUAUUUUCUGUCGGGUGGCAGGUUGUGCAGAGGACAACAUCUGAAAUAGAAAGUUUAUGUUAGAAAGCACACAGUGUUGCCCAACGAAAAGGUCGCACCCCCAUUUGGAGUCUCCUGGCAUUUUUUGAGAAAAACGCUCUGACACGGUAAUUUUGAUUCCUAGGAAGAUGUCUUUUCAACUAUAGCCGGACGAGGGAUGUCUUUUAAGUUUUGCAUAUGGAAAUAAAACAACACGUGAAAUCGGACAGUUACAAAAUGUUAAACCGCAUAGAGAUAAAAAUGUUAGUUAUAUAGUGGAAAAUUUUAAGAAAACGUGGGCUGUGGAAGAAUGGAAACAAACCGGGUAUUUCAAGGAAGAAGAUAUUUUGGAUAUCAACAUACACUGGUUACAGUUCGAUGCUCCUUAUGAUAUGAGUUUUUAUUUGGUGGGUACAGCAUACCUGAUAAUAUCUGUAAUUGGUGUGGCUGGAAACUUACUGGUAAUUUUUCUGUUUGCAAGAUGCAAGUCAUUGAGAACUCCAGCAAAUUAUCUUAUUGUCAAUCUGGCGGUCACCGAUGGGUUAAUGAGUCUCAAGUCAGUGGUGGUGGUUUAUAAUUGUUAUUACAAGGGACCCGCCUUUGGAGAUAUAGGAUGUCGCAUCUAUGCGUUUUUUGGUGGUCUCACGGGAACCACUUCAAUUAUAACAUUAAGUGUUAUAUCCUUCGACAGAUAUUUUGUCAUAAGGUUUCCUUUGAAACGGACUUUUUCCAAAGCACGCAUAAAAAUCUGUCUAGCUGUAGCCUGGAUAUACGGGAGCAUUUUUUCUAUCGUGCCAGCUUUGGACAUUGGAUUUGGAAAGUACGCUUAUGAAGGAUACCUAACCAGCUGCAGCUUUGACUACUUAACAGAAAACAAAAAGAUAAAAACUUUCAUCAUAAUUUUCUUUGUAGCAGCCUGGGUUGUACCUUUUGUUUUGAUAUCCUUCAGUUAUGGUAACAUUUUGAAUGUGGUAACUUCAAGAGCCUCUAUCACCAAGAAGAGCCGCGAAUCGUUCCGACAUAUGAAAGAAGAUACGAACAAACGACAAGAAGUCACAGUGGCAAAAGUGGCGUUCACCACCGUCCUUCUGUGGUUCCUGUCCUGGACCCCAUACGCCAUAGUCGCUUUGCUGGGAGUGUCUGAUCAGAAGCACGUCAUCACGCCCCUGGUAUCCAUGUUUCCAGCACUGUUCUGUAAGACGGCCAGCGUUCUGAACUCUUACGUUUACGCCUUAUCGCAUCCGAAGUUUAGGAUGGAAUUGAAGAAGAUAUGCUUUAGGCAGGGCGAUAUGAAUAGGAAGGUGGGGGAUACUAAUGCGCAGAGGAAUGUUAAGGGCGGACAUCCCAAGUUGAAACAUCAAGAUGCGGAAGACGAAGUUGAAGAGGUAAAUGUUGCGAGCGUCCAUCCUCCAAUAUCAACAGUGAAUACCGAAACAACAGAAUUGUCACAUGCCGUUGUCAGAAGUGACAGCCAGAAUAGAGGCUCCAAAGUAUUGGAAAUGGUCCUGAGGCCUGAUUUUAAAAAUAAAUCCUCUGGCAUAAGAAAGCUUGCAAGGCAGUGGUCGUCUAAAGAGAAAGAUAGAAAUAAAAGUAAAGACGACGAAAGCGAUGAGGGCGACAAAGGCGCUGAAGACGAAAGGUUUUGAAUAAAAGCGGAAUAACCUUCUCCCGUUAUAGCAUUAUAAACAUUGUAGCUUUUUAUUUUCUGUAAGUGUACAAAAUAUUUACUACCCUUAUCGAAACGGUAGCUGAACAAAUAAAGGGAAUUAUAGACCAUCAAUAAACUCCGCUUCGACUGGUACUGCAGAAAAGGCUUGAAAAGCUAUUUGCCUCAUAUUACUCUCAUCAUUAGCAGCAGCUUUUUGCUUUGGGGUCUAGUUAGUAUGUCA